AUGGCCGAUCUUGGUGGUCAUAAGGAAAUCAGUUUUGAUAAAAUGUUUAAAAUGAUGGUAUUUUCGAUGUGGCUCAACAAAUCACAUCCAAAAGUACCUCGAAAUCUUAAAUGGAUCUGUCAAUUCGCAUUAAUGCAUGGCAUAUUUUUCUUCACAUAUUGUUUGCUAAUUUAUAGCACAAUAUUUCACGAUUUAAAAAAUAAAGAUAUUUCUCAAGCGUGUGCAAAUGGCAUUCUGAGUGUGAUAUUCAAUGUAGUGUCACUUCAAUAUGCAGUCAUGGUGUGGCAUCAAAGCAAAUUUCAUGAUAUGAUUGAGAAAAUGAAGUUAGAUUACAAACAGGCAGAAAAUUUGCCCAAAGAGGAGUACGAUAUUGUGCUCCGUUACGCGAAGAAGGGUCGAACAAUCGUUUAUCUUUGGUUGAAAAUAGUUAUAUGCGUGGCCAGCUUGUUUCCCAUCAAAUCGUUUACACUUAUGUUGUAUUAUCAUGUUAUUGGAGAAUUCAGAUACGUUCCCUUAUAUGAUAUUACGUACCCAGAGCCGGUGGAACUCAAUAAAAAUAAUUUAGCCGUUUUUUUGGCUCUCUACGUGUUGUUUUUAUUUUACGAUUUUUAUGCUUUGUUUAUGUAUUUAGCAUUUUCGCCAUUGGGUCCUAUUUUAAUUCUACAUGUGUGUGGACAGUUGGAAUUGGUGGAGAAUAGGAUUAUGAAAACAUUUUCUAAGAGCAAAAACACGGCAGAAUCGAUAAAAAAUCUGAAAAGAGUUGCGAUACAUUUUGUUGAAAUAUACGGCUUUGCGGCACGAAUAAAUAGUAGUCUACGAGUUUUUCAUGAGCUCUUGUUUAAAGCUGGAGCUAUUAUCCUACCAAUUACUUUUUAUCAAAUUAUUGAGACGGCUAAAAGGGGUCAAGUGAGCGUUGAAUUCAUAUCAAUUAUAUUUGGAGCAGUGGCUAUCUGCAGUGUUCCUUGCUACUAUAGUGAUGUGCUUAUGGAGAAGAGUGAAGAUGUAAGAAGAGCCCUUUACUCCUGCGGCUGGGAAUCAAACUGGGAUCCCGUGACGAGAUCGCUUCUCUUUCUCCUGUUGACCCGAGCGUCACGACCCGUGGCGAUGCGGACUUUGUACCGAAAUAUCUGUCUCAACGUUUUGACUGAUAUCUACCACCAGGCGUACGCAAUAUUUAAUCUUUUAAAUGCCGUAUGGCAUUAAACUUUUAAAAUUCAAAGAAAAUAUUUUUCAAUGUAGUAGGAAGCUUGUAGUUUUU